AUGCAAAAUUACAUUCAAGAUAAGGUGGAGGUGAAGGAAAAGCAAAGAUUCACUCUCCGAUUCCACUUUGAAUUCGAUGAAUCUGAUCUCUACAACUCUGCAAACGCUAACUCUUCGGAAUUAUGCAAAUCUGUACACUCCUCGAGAUUCCACAGUAACUUCUCUACUACCGUCGGCCAUGUCGGUGCUUCGGGAUCACUGCUGGUGAACGUGCCGGACUGGUCGAAGAUCCUUGGCAAAGAGUAUGAACAAAACCGGAGGAGGAAGUACUCUAGAACAACCACAAUUGCACUAAAACAAACAAUAAUUUGUGUAGAUAAACCUCAUAGAUGCUUGAAAGGACACAAUCUUAGCAGGGUUCGAAAUGCGAUUUGGGCGAAAACAGGAUUCCAAGAUUAG